GUUGAGGGUCGUGCGCAAUAGUUCCGACUAUAUAAAGAGAAUUUUUUCCUAAAGUUUCCACAUGAUCUGACAAAUUCGAUAAAUUCAUGUGUUCGAGAUGAAUUUCAUUGCUCUGGUCGUAAUUUUGGCAGUCCUUCUUCAAGGAGUUUUUGGUAGUUUUAUAAGCCGUUCUCAAUGGGGUGCUAAGUCAUCGAAAGGAUCUACAAAAUUCUCUGGAGUCAUUCGUUAUGUUGUUAUUCACCACACUGACUCGCCUGGGGUUUGUACUACCACUGAUCCCUGUAAGGCAGCUAUGAGAUCCAUACAGAAUUAUCACAUGAAAAGCAAUGGCUGGAAAGAUAUUGGAUACAGUUUCGCAGUUGGUGGCGAUGGCAACAUUUACGAAGGUCGUGGUUACAAUGUUGUUGGAGCUCAUGCUCCAGGUUACAACAGCAGAAGUAUUGGACUUGUCCUUAUCGGAAACUUUAUGAAAAGCAGUCCUCCAGAUGAAAUGAUUGCGGCUGCCAAAAACUUUAUUGCUUCCGCUAUUUCCGCUGGAAAACUUUCUAAGGACUAUAAGUUAAUUGGACACAGGCAAGCCACCUCCACAAGCUGCCCUGGUAACAAAUUGUAUGCUGAGAUUAAGACCUGGUCACAUUGGACCUCUAAACCUUGAUUGGCUCGAUUGUAAAAGUUGCUGAAUUUGAAAAAACCAAAAUUAUUAACAGCUGCGAUUUGAAUUCUAGACUUGAAAUCCUACUUAGUUUAUGUGAAUACCUGACUGUGAUACUGUUAUGUAAAUAAAAAAGAAGCAGCACUUAA